UUUAAGUGAUGUGCAUCGAAUGUGUAUCUGACUGAAAAUUUAUAUUACUGUUUACAAAUAAUUACGUUUAACCAAAAGGAUUUAUCUACUCUGACAACACAAACUGCUGCAAGUUUGCGCAUGCGCCGAAUGGCGAAUCAGUGACUAUUCUUUGAGUUAAAUAUUUUAUAAAUAAGAAAUUUUAUCGUUAGUUGGUAAUAUAUUUAUGUUAACGUGUAAUUUAUAAAUUAGUUUAGAUUGAAACUUUUGGUAAUACAACUCUCAUAUCUAAAUUUAUGAAGUGUUAAAAGUGUAACAUUGGUGGCCAUUACAAAACUUAAACUUUUUUAUCAGAACAAAUGUCCAUUUGAUGUUUCGGCGACGUCGUGACUAAUCUCACGGAAACUUACCUAAAAAUCGCGAAUUGUGCUUUAUUUUACUUUGAUCGAGAUUCCCUCCAGUGCCUUUCAGUCCGUUGUUGGGAAUCCUUGUUGUAAAUUAUUUCAAAACGUUUUGUGCCGACCGACAAUUAUUGGGGUUGACUUCUCACAAGGAACUGUCAAUUGUUACAUUUUUUCGAUACAUUCAUUUCUUUUAGCAAUAAAUAUUAAUUAGCCCCACACGUAUAACGUUAUUUUGUACAAGAUUCGCAGGCUUCGUGGUGAUUUGGUAAUUUGAAUAAGUUGGACACCCACAUCGCUUGUUGUUACUCUUCAAUGAACAUAACAUUGGCACGGCGACCUCUAUUCACUCUCGCUCCCCUUCCGAGUAAAAUCGCAUAAAAUAAUCAAUUAUCACUGGUAAAGAAAGGACAGUUAUCAUUUUAAGAUUUCUGAAACGAUUCGUCAGGUGUCGCCGAAGCAUUCCGUAUCACAUUCAAAUUGUGUUUGCAGUGUAACAAAAAUGAUUUUGAGAUAAAUUGUAUAACAGUGCAGUGGUAAUAGUAUCGCAGUGAAGAAAAAAAUAGCAAUAUAAUAUAUAAAAGAAGUGACAAAAGUGUUGUUGUGUUGGAUUGUGUUAUGGAGACGCGUCGCUGGCUGAUGUCGCGAAGGCUGUGGUGACAUGGGCUGCGCUGCGGCCCCGACAGACGCUGGACACAGGGAGUGAGCUGAGUGCUGGGCAUUGCGCCUGCACAACAAGUCUUGUAUUAUGAAUAAGCGUGAUAAUAGCAAGGACAAAGAACGACAGAGUGACGACAAAAGAACAUCCGCAACCGGUGCGGUGGGCGGGCGUGGAGUGGGCGGCAGCAGCGCAAUGCAUACGUCGAGGCAUUCCGUCACCUCGUCUUCGGGCGUUCUUAUGGUGGGGCCUAAUUUCCGCGUCGGCAAAAAGAUCGGCUGCGGAAACUUUGGCGAACUUAGGCUCGGCAAAAAUCUCUACAACAAUGAACAUGUAGCGAUAAAGAUGGAGCCUAUGAAAUCAAAGGCUCCACAAUUGCAUCUAGAAUACCGAUUUUACAAGUUAUUAGGCACGCAUGCGCCGUCGACUGCGGAGGGCAUACCGGAGGUGUAUUACUUCGGCCCUUGCGGUAAAUACAACGCACUGGUGAUGGAACUCUUGGGCCCGUCACUCGAGGAUCUCUUCGAUUUAUGCGGCCGUCGAUUCUCUCUAAAGACUGUAUUAAUGAUCGCUAUGCAGUUGUUACAUCGUAUCGAGUAUGUCCAUACAAGACAUCUCAUAUAUCGAGAUGUAAAACCGGAAAAUUUUUUAAUAGGUAGAACUGCAACAAAAAGGGAAAAAAUCAUUCACAUCAUUGAUUUUGGUUUGGCCAAAGAAUAUAUAGACUUAGAGACAAACAAACAUAUCCCAUAUCGGGAACACAAGUCACUCACAGGGACUGCGAGAUACAUGUCAAUAAAUACACAUUUAGGAAAAGAACAAUCAAGACGCGACGACCUAGAGGCUCUUGGGCAUAUGUUUAUGUAUUUUUUACGCGGUUCCUUACCCUGGCAGGGUUUAAAAGCUGAUACACUUAAAGAGCGAUACCAAAAAAUUGGUGACACCAAACGAGCGACGCCUAUAGAGGUGCUAUGCGAAGGCCAUCCCGAGGAGUUGGCGACGUACUUACGCUACGUGCGCCGGCUCGACUUCUUCGAGACGCCCGACUAUGACCAGCUGCGGCGGAUGUUCCGUGAUCUCUUCGAGCGCCGCGGCUACGUCGACGACGGCGAGUUCGACUGGACUGGCAAGACCAUGUCAACACCAGUGGGUUCGAUCCAGACGGGGCAUGAGAUAGUAGUCUCACCCAAUCGCGACAGUCAUCAGCCCUUUCAUAAGGCAGCGCUGGCGAAGACGAAGGAUUUCGGUACCGGUGGUACGGCGAACACGGGCGGUAACUGGCCACACAGCGGGAAGGCGACGCCACUUAACACUGGCCAUCUCACGCCCGCAGACAGACACGGAUCUGUGCAGCUAUUGAAGAAUAAGCAUUUUCGGUAUGUGAAAUUUCCCGGAUCGGUAUCCACGGUGGUGAGUUCAACGAACGGCGAGCUAGGCGCGGACGACCCGACCGCUGGCCAUAGCAACACGCCGAUAACGCAACCGCAUCACGAGGUCGACGUGGUAGACGACACCAAGUCAGUGUUCCAACUACAAUCUGUGUAUUCCAGAUGCUGUUGUUUCUUCAAACGCAAAAAGAAGAAGUGCGCGGCGCGGGCCGGCAAGUGACGCGAGUGCGCGUGACGCCCCCCUCCCCCUCCCCGGCCCUCCUGCCCCUCCCCCUCACACGCCCGCACCGCCCGCACCCGCCCAGUUGCUCCCUCUAUACGUACCUCCAUACACAUGUACUUACAUCUAUCUAUCAGUCUACUAUCGCUAGCUCGUUUAUUUCUCGACCGUUUUUUGAUGGUACGGAACUUAACAGUAAAAUUAACUUCCAAAUACGCUUACGUUGAAUGCCUAGAAUAUACCCAGCGUGUCGGCCGGUACUCUGGGCGUAUUCAUAUCGCGGUAAGUAACACGCUAGACUAAGAUAAGUUUCUUGAACUCUUUAACAAAAUCUUCUGUAGGCUACUACGGCCUGUGUGUUGAGAUUAAGACUCGUGUUAAUGUCGGCUCCUGCUAUAGUGCGAUGCAAGCAAGACGGUUAAAAUAAUCUAGAACAUUUUUGGUGAUCGACAUAUUUUUGUUAUGUAGUAUAAUUGUUAACCAGAGUUGUAAGGAAUCAAGAGAGAUAGUUGAUGCGUUGUUAUUAGUUGUAAAGUAAAUAUAUAUCUGCGUCGCCCUAUAGGUGGAGCCAGUGUACAUCGAGCAACUGGGUUAAAAGUUUAAAUGUAUGAAAAUUUAUUGCCGAUUUAUUUUAACAAUCGUAUGCUACCCGAUCCUCGAUUAUCAGAAUUUUAUUCAAUAUAAUUUUAGAUUUUGUAAUAUUGAGUAAUCCAUAAUGCUAACUCAUUAUACGAAGCUAUCAUAAGUUUUAGUUUCAUUUUGACCUUACGCGUAACAAAGGUGCAUUAAAAUGUAUUGAGUGGUUGGCAAAUCAUAUAUUUCAGAAUAUAGUAACUAUACAAGACGUUAUAGCCCUAUGUACCAGUUAUAUACCUUUAUUGCGUUAAUUGUUAAUAAAUAAUGGACACUUCCAUUUAGAUACUCGAUGCAUUGAAGUAAAACAUUACAAUUUUCUGUUGUCACUACUAUUAGUGUUGCGUAAGAAAUAGUAUUUGUCAACAGAGUUGAUCUAGACGCGGUCAUACCACAUUACUAGGACAUGGAUAGUCUGUGUUAGUUACUCUUAACUUAGAUAAAUCAUACAUACACUCAAGAAGUAGGGUGGACUUUGUGCUGCCCUGUCGCUGAAUUUGUCAUAUUCCGUUCUUCCUGUAGUUUCGAACUAAGACAGUCGAGAGC